GAGGAAGGGUAUGUAACAAAUGGCACGCUAGACUUUGCAAUCGCGAGCUGCCUCCCUUGGCAAACGCGUCGCGGUAUUGUCUUCUUAAUACUGACUUAUCUUCAUGAUUGACCGGGGACUGGGCGAUUUUCACACGAUGUCCGUCGCCAGACGCGCUCUCCAGAUGCUGUGGCCUUGGACUUCACCAUCACCGCAAUCCAACACAUCACAUGAGCCACCCCUUCCCUCGAUCGAAUACAUCCCCGUCCACGGAGCAUGGGAAAAAAAGGACCACCCAAAUUGGCCUGCCAGCGCGUUCAAGAUCCCAGAUGUUAUCAAGCCAGGGCAGGUCUUCUACCUUCGGAAGGGCAAGUUUGUUGACAUGGGAACGAUCGCUCGCAUCGAACUGCUCCCCACUGGUGAAGUCGUCAAGACGCCCCUAGAGAACCCUCUCAAUCCGAGGGAAGAACAGAUGAACCGUGAUAACAUGCAGUACGAGAACGAGAUCUACCGCUUGCUUGGCGACGUCUCCUUCGUCCCCAAACUUCUGGGCUGGGACUCCGCGUCGUGCACUUUGACGCUGGAACAUCAGACAAACGGUAGUCUGGACGACCGGAAGGCUUGUUUCCCCGAGCGCCCCGGGAUCGAGGUAUCAGGCGCGAGAGUGGACGCGGCAUAAUGUGCCUGACGAAGCCGACGACAUUUUCGGCCUGGGCUCGGUUUGUACUUCGUUCGCGACCGCGACGGAUGCUCUAGCUAGCGCACAUCAUGUAGCAACCAUCCCGAAGGCGUGCAU